AUGCGCUCUAGGCAGCAGGGCGGAAGCGCCGUGAACAGCCGCGCUCUGACGCGAGGCCCCGCCCCUCGGCGCGCAAAUUAUACUCGGGACUUGAUCUUCAACCAUAUUUCCCAUUUUUUUCCCCAGGACUUCCCCAUACUAUGUCAGACGUGUCUUGGAGAAAACCCUUAUAUACGAAUGACCAAAGAAAAAUACGGAAAAGAAUGCAAAAUCUGUGCCAGACCAUUCACAGUGUUUCGUUGGUGCCCCGGGGUCCGCAUGCGCUUCAAGAAGACUGAAGUGUGUCAAACCUGCAGUAAAUUGAAGAAUGUUUGUCAGACCUGCCUAUUAGACCUAGAGUAUGGCCUACCCAUCCAAGUUCGUGAUGCAGGAUUGUCAUUUAAAGAUGACAUGCCCAAAUCAGAUGUCAACAAAGAAUAUUACACACAAAAUAUGGAAAGAGAAAUUUCUAACUCUGAUGGAACACGACCAGUUGGCAUGCUGGGAAAAGCUACAUCUACCAGUGACAUGCUGCUCAAAUUGGCCCGGACCACACCAUACUACAAAAGGAAUCGGCCUCACAUUUGUUCCUUCUGGGUGAAAGGAGAAUGUAAGAGAGGAGAGGAGUGUCCAUACAGACACGAGAAGCCUACCGAUCCAGAUGACCCCCUUGCUGAUCAGAAUAUAAAAGACCGGUACUAUGGAAUUAAUGACCCUGUAGCCGAUAAGCUUCUAAAGCGGGCUUCAACUAUGCCUCGUCUAGACCCACCAGAGGAUAAGACCAUCACCACUCUUUAUGUGGGUGGUCUGGGAGACACCAUUACUGAAACAGAUCUCAGAAAUCACUUCUACCAGUUCGGCGAGAUCCGAACAAUCACUGUUGUGCAGAGGCAGCAGUGUGCCUUUAUCCAGUUUGCCACCAGGCAGGCUGCUGAGGUGGCUGCUGAGAAGUCCUUUAACAAGCUCAUCGUGAAUGGCCGCAGACUCAAUGUGAAAUGGGGAAGAUCCCAAGCAGCCAGAGGCAAAGAAAAGGAGAAGGAUGGAACCACAGACUCUGGGAUCAAGCUAGAGCCUGUACCAGGACUUCCUGGGGCUCUACCUCCUCCUCCUGCUGCAGAAGAGGAGGCAUCUGCCAACUACUUCAACCUGCCCCCAAGUGGCCCUCCAGCAGUGGUGAACAUUGCCCUGCCCCCACCCCCUGGGAUCGNNNUCUCUUCCACAUCAGGUUUUGGACCACAUAUGUUCCACCCAAUGGGACCGCCACCUCCUUUCAUGAGAGCUCCAGGACCAAUCCACUACCCUUCUCAGGACCCUCAGAGGAUGGGAGCUCAUGCUGGAAAACACAGCAGCCCCUAGCACAACAUCACCACUCAGGAGCUCUGAGGAAGAAAGGGCGCUCUAAAAUCCCAGUAAAUGAAUCCUGGGAUACGUAUACUUUUCCUUGCUUUGUAGUUUCCAUGGUAGCUGAAUGUGUUCGGAUGUGGGCAGUCAGAGAACACAGCUAUGCUUCCCCACAUGUGUCAGAGGAUCAGUGGGCCCAAAACAAGCUGCUAUGAACACAGCUGCCACCACCGCCCGGCCAGUACCCAGCCUUUUUAAUACUAAAAAGUUGGUAAUAGGGUUGAAAUAAGAACAGACAGAAAGCUGAAUAUAGUGGUGCGCACCUUUAAUCUCAGCACUCAAGAGACAGAAGCAAGCAGAUUUCUUAUGAGUUUGAGGCCAGCCAGGGCUACAUAGUGAAUUCCAAGACAUACUGAGACCCUGUCUUUAAAAAAAAAAAAAAAAAUUUAUAGUCUUGUCUGUGACUUUUAAUAAAUGGUCAUUUUAAGUGUUGUUCUUACACAAGCCAUUGUAAAAGAAACAGCAAAACCAAAGUGCGUCUGAUGCCAUUUUUUAGCUAAAAUCUGUACUUCAGAACUUGGAAAUCAGGGAUUAAGUGGUUUCCCCCUUUUCCAGUCACCCAGAUCCCCAGCUAGUUGGACAGUGUCAUCCACACUACAGAAAGGUCUUCUCUUAGCUCACUGACCUGCACCUGAGGCUUCUCUGGAAACCGUCACAGGCACCUGUCACAGGCCAGAAGUGUCUGCCCAGGUUCUGUGUGCUCCCUCUGCAGCCAGGCUCAGAUGAACCAACGCAUGGCUUGUUUGCCAUUGCUGCUACAAAGUGUUGCUAGUUCUGAGCUGCAUUUCAUUCUGUGUAUCUUUUCUCAUACUUUCCAUCUUUUUUACCUCUGGAAUACACAUGGGAGCUUGUUGUUUUUCAUGUGUAACGUAAUGGAUUUAUCUGUAAUAUGUAUUUAACUUCUCAAAUUUUUGUUGUCUCUGGGGACUGAAAGUAACUUUAAAGAAGGGAUCUUCGUAAUGGAAUGUAUGCAGAAAAGUGCAUAAGACACAGAUGAACAACCAACUUAAACUAUUUUAAUAGACAUCUGUGUAGCAGUCAGCCAGGUCUAGAAGUAGAGAACCUCCAGUCAUCCCAGAAAUAUUUGUGAUCUAAUCACUCACAUCCACAAACCCUUCCCUCCAGAGACACCACUAUUUUAUGUUGUUUCUGUGAGUAGUAACCAUACAGGUGUUUGUUUGACUUGCCUUGCUCAUCACUAUGCUUCUGAAAGAUGCCCAUGUGCUACAUCUAACUAGUUCAUGAUCAUUGCUGCUAACUUUAUCCAUCAGGUUUCUCUAUAUUUUGUUGGCUAGUCUUGGUACUUUAUGUUAAGAAAAGGAGACAAAAUUAGAGAUUUGUAUGAAGGACUUGCUAGGUUCCCAAAUUACAUGAAAUGUUUAUUUGCAUUUUCAGGAUCCAAAAUAUCCUUGUUGAAUAACUAACAGCACACAUAGUAUGGUUCCAUUAAAGACCAAUGGUUUA